UGCUGGGAUCGGGAUGAGCUGGCAUUAAACGCCGGAAGUGUUUACAAUACGAAGCUAUGCUAACAGGCUAAUAUCCUGUCUGGGCUGAGUGUUAAGAGUGAACAGCAGCUUGUUGUCUGAGUCUGUCUGAGUUUGUGUCUGCGGGAGUUUCUGAGGUGUGUUCUGUGUGUCCUGCUCUGUGUCAGGAUGAGUCUGCAGUGGACGGCGGUCGCCACCUUCCUCUACGUCGAGGUCUUCUUCGUGCUGCUGCUCUGCAUCCCCUUCAUCUCACCCAAGAGGUGGAACAAGAUCUUCAAAUCUCGGAUCAUCCAGACCAUCGCUCUCUAUGGAAACACUUCGUUCAUGGUGGCCAUCGCCAUCCUCGUCUUCCUGCUCAUUGAUGCUUUCCGUGAGGUGAGGAAGUACAGCGUGACGGAGAAGGUGGAUCUGACCAACAACCCCACGGCUAUCGAACACAUCCACAUGAAACUGUUCAGAGCUCAGAGGAACGAAUACAUCGCUGGCUUCGCCCUGCUGCUCUGCCUGCUGCUGCGUCGUCUUGCCACUCUGCUCUCCCAGCAGGCCUCGCUCAUGGCCUCCAACGAAGCCUUCAGGAAGCAGGCAGAGGGCGCCAGCACCGCCGCCAAGAAAUACAUGGAGGAGAAUGAGCUGCUGCAGGAGAAACUACGUGAUGCUGGUGUCGAGGUGCCAGAGCCUGGAAAGAAGGGAGCCGGACCGCAGGAGGAGAACAAGAUUCUGAAAGGGGAGGUGAAGACUCUGAAGGAGGAGCUGGACACCACCAAGAAAGCUCUGCAGAAGUCUGACAGUGACGUUCGUGCAAUGAAGAAACAGGCGGAGAAUCUGACGGUGGAGUACGACCGACUGCUGGAGGAGCACAGCAAACUGCUGGCGAGCAGCGACAAGAAAACAGACUAAGAAGGACGAAGACGGCCUCCAGCUCCUCAUCUUCAUCUUCAUCUUCAUCUUCAUCUUUCCUCAACAAACUGCCUGCAGCUCCUGUUCAGCCGCAUGAUGUCACUUCCUGUCCUCUGAAUAGCUGACGUCAGCAGGCUGCGAUGGGUUUCUGUCAUGUGAUUUCUAAGUGUUGGAGCCUCGUCAGGAGAAAGAGAAGCUGACUGCGAGCUGUGUGAACGUUCUCUCUGGCUGAAGGUUUCAUUUCUCUUGUUUCCUCUUCUGAUCAUUCCUGCUUCCUGCUGCCGGAGAGCAAAACCAGCUGAGCGUCCGAUCGAUCUCUGCAGCAGCAGACGACUCUCAUUCCAAGUCCAGAGACCCCCACUGUCCUGAAGUGACGACUCAAAUUAGAAUUUUGCACAUUGUGGAUUGAAAUCCGGUUAAAACGUUCCCAAACAGCCUGUUUUCAGGGAUCACAUCGUGAGUUUCAGCUUGUUCAUUUAUCAAACGACUGUGUUGCUAAAUCACAGCUGAUGUUUCUGUGAGUCUCACUACAGCUCAGACUCUCCUGUCAGUUUUCUCUUUGCUUCGAUCAUGACCAUCAGAUAAAUAUUCUCCCAGACACAGAAACACGAUCCAUCAGCUGUUUGUUCUAUAUGUAUUCUGUGUUUUGUGGUCAUUAAAUAAAGUCGGUUGAUUGGACCAGCAGCGCGGUGACGUGGGUGUGAAGUGUUCAGCUCUGAGGAUUGUUUCUGUUUCUGUUUCUGUUUCUUUUCUUUAAACGGCUCGGCUCUUUUUGUUUUGGUGGCUUUGACAUUUUCUCUCUGAAGAACGACGACACACUUUGUGUUCUCGUCCGCUUCCAUCCAUCCCAAACUUCCUCCGGAGUUGUUUGGGGUGUUUUGCUGGAUGAGGACGUCGUCUGUUGUUUUCUGGAGACUAAAUAUCUCAGUGAACAUCUGGAGUCUGUGAACCUGCCUGCAACUGUGGUUAAUUAAACAUGUCGUGUUAAGCACAUUUCAUCUGUUUGUUUUGUUUCUGGACAGUUUGAUGUGUCGGCAGAUGAGGAUGAAUGUGAGGAUCUGUGUUCAGCCUGCAGUUUGUCUGGUGCAGAUAUCAAUACAUCUGCCCAUCAUCUAUAAAUAUAUAAACAUUUUCCACACUGAUUCUUCAGAUGUGGUUCGAACACGUGUAGUGGAGAGAUGUUUAAAGACUUUUUCUUCUCUGGUUCUUCAGUAAUUAUUAGUCGACCUGCCGUGUUUUUCUGUUAUAAUCUCUGAAGACGAGUUCAUAUGGCUGCACGUCAGACGCUGCACCUGCUGAUAUUAAACCUUUUCAAUCUAGAACAGCUUGUAAAUCUUCUGGCUUUUAUUUUGAAAAGAAAUUGCAUGCAGGAUUGUCAUGUAGACAACGCACGUCGAUAUUUUGGAGAUGACUUCAUGUUAACUGACGUCAGCUUGCACGCAGCUCCAACACAAACAUGGAGGAUUUGGGCGUGACGAGCCGUCAGGCUGCAGUGGAAACAUGAAAUAAUGACGCAGAACAGAAUUUUAGUGUUCUUGAGCUCAGUUAACAUCGUUCACUCGUCACGUGUCCGAUCAUCGUCUGAAAGUCACGCUUGUUUUCUCAGUGACUUCUUCUUGAAAUGAAGCCGAGCGGACGCUCGAGGCCUCUGAGCGUCAGAAGUGUCUUCAGGCCUGCUGCUCGUCUCCUGCAGUUCAUAUUCACCACUUCUGUUCUUCCCUCUGAUCCGACAGAAGCUCAGACUUCCUCUGAUCCAGAGUCCAGAACAAAAGUUCACCUCCACCGUUCAGAAGAUCCGUUCACAAAAACCUUUAGUUACGUGACCGUUUACUUGUUUACUGCUCAGAUUCAAACUUCUCAUCGUCUUUAUUGACAAAAUGUUUCCAGAAAUUCCGGCAAGUUUAUUUUCAGUCUUCACUUUCUGAUCAUGUUUACAUCAGAUUUUUAUGUUUGAUUCAUUUUACUGUCUGCUGUCACCAGACGGAACUUAAAGCCUGAGUAUGUUUACUACACUGUGGUCAUGAUGUUUGUUGUUAAAGGAACAGUUCACUCAGUCCUCUCCUCCUGAUCUCAGAUCAGAUUUACACCUUGAUUAAGAUGAAUUUUUCACUCCAAAAACUUCUUAAUGACUGAAGUUACAUAUUUACGUGAACUGUUCCUUUAAUGAACUUCUCACUGUGUCACAGAUCAUUUAAAUCUUGAUUGUCUGAAGCUGAGUUUGCAUGUGUGUGUUUAGUAUUCAGGUUUUUUCUCAUGUGAUCAUUUCUCUGGUUCUGAAUCCAGAUUAUUGUGCUGCCGUUUGUACGAGGACGCUUGUGUGACGCUUCAUGAAUGUUUGUUAGCUGACGGCCAAAAUGUUGUUUCAGUUUUCACCUUCAAUAAAAUGAACAGACACUCGA